AUGGCGAUAUUGGCCCAUUUAAGGACAAUGUUAAGCGACCCGGGUAUAGUGCCAUUGUGUAACAAGGCAAUGACAAAAAAACAAGAAAUGCGAUUAAUGAUCGAUGACAACGAUGAUUCUGAAUAUUCUGGAUCAGAAGCUGAGUUGUACUGUGCGAGAGAUAAUUAUGUUGUAAGUUGUGACAUUUCUAAAAUUAUUUCUGUUUAGGGUGAAGACUGGACCAUUUGCACCAGAUGUGAGAGUUACCGACCGCCAAGGGCACAUCAUUGUAAGAUAUGCAAAAGAUGUGUCAGGAAGAUGGACCAUCAUUGUAAGUUCUUUAAAGCUGGUUCUAGGACGAAUUCAGCAACUUAUUUGCUAUGAAAGUGUAGAGGAUUUUUUUAUAGAGUACUUUAUUUUUAAUUUAGGUCCUUGGGUGAACAAUUGUGUCGGAGAACUAAAUCAGAAGUACUUUGUGCAGUUUGUCCUAUAUGUCGGAUUUCUAGCCGGUUAUGCGUUUUUGUAAGUUAAUAUGCUUACAAUUGGAACGAUUUAUUAGUAUGAUUUGUUGUAAGUUUAUGUAUUGCAGUAUAAUUACAUUGCUUAUAAUGUAGUAAGUAUUGUUUUUAGCAUCAUCGCCUUGUCAUGGAUGUACCACGAUGAAAGAGGCGAAACUGGCAUGCACGGGCCAAAUGGCGAGAUUGCCAAGCAUUAUAAAGUGUAAGUUUUGUUGUUUUUUAUCAUUAGAAUACGUUUGUCGCCGUUUGUAAAUUUUUACAAAAAGAUCAAUUGUUUUGGAAUAUUUUAUAUUGUUACGAAAUCUUUAAUGCCAUCAUUUUUACCUGUAGCGGUUGAAAUUAACACUGUUAUGCCUUUCAGAAUACAUACAAUAGGACUGUCAGUGGAGAGUGCGUUGUUUGGCUUGUUCGUUUUGGCCGUUUCUUGUGAUCAAGUAAGUUUUGGAAAUCUCAAGCUAUAAUGUUGAGCAAGAUUGACCAAAGAAUGCCAUAUAAACCCUAAACUAUAAAACAAUGAUAUUUACAUCGACUACCUUCAGAUCCAAGCCAUUUUCAACGAUGAAACGGUGAUUGAAGCUCUCCAACGUGGCUUCAACAGACGGCGCCGGAAACGACGUGGGAAAUGCGCAUUACUGCGCGACGUUUGCGGACCCAGACACUGGUCCUUGUGGAUGCUACCUUGCAUUUCAUUCCCAGCACGUCGCGAGUUUAUCAGAUUCGCGAGGAAUAUGCGCGAACGAAACAUCUAA